UGCUGGCAGUUACAGAGUCACAUAAGCUGUAGUUCCACAGCACGGCUCCACAACAGUUACUGCUCAUCAUUCAUUCUUCAACUCAUCAAAGAGAGAGCUGCUAAGAAGCUGCCGUUAAGGGAUCAGCCAUGCUUGGAGGCAUCCACACAGAUUUGUUGGUCACAGUGACUCUACUCUUUCUAACACAGACAGAGAAUCAGUGCAGGGCUGAAAAUGACUUUUCGUUAGUCACUUUACCAGAGUGGAGGACAAAUUCAGAAUAUGUUACACAGUGUUUCUAUGACAGACACAACAAUCUUAUUUGCGACUGGACCAGGAACCAACUACGAACAGAGAGUGGUCCACUUGGGUUGGAGGGUGAUGCCUGUUUAGAGUUUUGGUACCUGGCUCCGGUUGCAGCUAAUGGGUCAGAACUGCAGGCUCUGCUAAAAAGCAGCGUUGGAGUGGUAGAAAUUUGGACCUCACCUGCCCUUCCCAGGGAUUCCUGGAGACAAGUGUUUGUCCCUUUGAACAUCAUCGAGCCAACGACUCAGGUUGUAUUCGAAGAGAUUCAAGCAAUGUCCAUUCAGAAACAGGUCACAUUUAACCGGAUAGGUGUAAGGAGAGGCUCCUGUGGACACCAGUGUGAAUCUAACACAGAGUUCUGGACAGAUGAGUCCACCCGCUGCCUCUGUUCUGUUGGCCAGCUCUCAUGCUCUCCCUCUCCGUGCCCAAAGGGCCAAAUCUGUGGUCCUCACAGAGGAAGCUCCGGUGGCAUUUUCGCCUCUCAGACGUGCACUAUACACAGUCACACAGAAUACAGCACUUUUGAUGGAGUGCUGUUCCGCAUCACGGGCCCCUGCACCUACAUACUGGCUAAGACCUGCUCACCCUCUGAAGCCCUGCCCAUGUUCAGUGUGGAAGUUGUCAAUGAGCAGAAUGGGAACUCAUCUCUGCCAACCAUUCAACAGGUUAUCGUGUACAUGGGAAACUAUAGAGUGUCCUUGCUGAAAAGGCAGACACACCGGGUUGUGGUUAAUGGGGUCUGGAGGAGGCUUCCACUCAGCCUCAGCAAUGGCACUGUCUACAUCAAGAGCAACCCCGCUGCUGUUGAACUGGGAGCCAACUUUGGCCUUUCUGUCACAUAUGACAACACUGGUGCUGUCCAAGUCAACUUGCCAUCCACUUACGCUGAUAAUGUCUGUGGCUUGUGUGGAAAAUUCAACCACCCCAGAGGAGAUAACUUCAGAAAGCCAGAUGGUACGAAUGCCCAAGAGGCUACAGCUUUCGCCGAGGGCUGGCAGAGCUGGCAGACCAGGCAAACCACAUCAUCCUGUGAAACCAUUCUGGUAACUCAUCAGUGUGACCCGCUGGAGAAGGCGGAGUAUGCCAGUGAACUGUACUGUGGAGGCCUCCUCUCUAGUACUGGGCCAUUUUCUGACUGUCUCGCAGUUCUGGGGGCAGAGAGCUACUUCAGGGGCUGUAUGGUUGGCAUGUGCUCUAGUCAUGGUGACCCAGCCGUGCUAUGUAAAAUAUUACAGGUCUACGCUGAUAUCUGCCAGGAGGCUGGAGUUGCCAUUUCCAUAUGGAGGAACUCUACAUUCUGCCCCCUUCAGUGUGGGGAGAACAGCCACUAUAACUCAUGUGCUGAUGGCUGUCCCGAGGUGUGCUCCAGCCUGGAAAUAGCUGGCUCCUGUGGAAGCUGUGAGGAAAGAUGUGAGUGUGACUCUGGCUUCAAACUCAGUGGGGGAAAGUGUGUCCCAGCAGAGGACUGUGGGUGCUGGUAUAAUGGAAAACACUAUGACAAAGGAGAAACAUUGUUGGAAGGAGAGUGUGUGCAGCAUUGCCAGUGCAUGGGUAAUAAUGACGUACAGUGUGCCAAAAUGCGAUGUACAGACAGUGAGGUGUGUAAGGUCAAGGAUGGGGUCAAAGGCUGCUUCCCUUUCAAUCCCGCAACAUGCAGUGUGUAUGGUGAUCCACACUAUAUCACCUUUGACAAGAUGGCUUACGAUUUUCAAGGGGGCUGCAGUUACACACUAACUACCACGUGCGGAGGAGAAAGCUCAGUCCAGUUCACUGUGAUCGGACACAACAUGUACCCUCCUCUUCAGAACUUCACCCGUUCCAAGCUGGAAGCUGUGUCUCUUCAGGUUGAGGAUCUGUAUCUCACCUUGAAUCAAAGCGGAGAUGUCUAUGUGAAUGAUGUCCAUGUCCAACUCCCAUAUUCCACCAGUGGUACAUACGGCUCAGCAUGGGUCAAUAUAAAGAAUCAUUAUAUUAUCUUGGAGACAACCUUUGGCCUCAGAAUGAUGAUAGAUGGGCAGAACAGACUCUUCCUGCAGGUUGAUGAGCGCUACAAGUAUGAACUGUGUGGACUGUGUGGCACCUACUCUGAACAACAGGACGAUGACUUCAUAACACCAGGAGGCCAAAAUGUUACUGAUCCAUUUGAGUUUGGUGAUAGCUGGAGGGUGCAAGGCAAUAAUGAGUGUACUGCCCAUCCAAAUGAUCCCAGAAUCUGUGAUUAUAAUGAGGAGAAUGAGGCCUACAGAGAGUGUUACACGCUACUAGGGGAGGCCUUCAACCCUUGCCAUGAAGCCAUCCACCCAAGCAUUUUCCUCAGUAGUUGCGUGUAUGACUACUGUGCCACAGGUGGUGACCAACACACCCUAUGCGAAUCUCUCAAGUCCUAUGCAGCAGCAUGCCAGGUUGCAGGAGUGAAGCUGUCCCACUGGGAGACAGACACAGCCUGUGCUGACCCCACAACCACUGCAUCUCUUCCAACAACUCCAACUCCUACCUCUCCAACAACAGAUCAGACUUUAUGUCCUAUGAAUUGCGACUUUGAAAAAAAUCUUUGUGGGUGGGAGCAGCUCAUACAGGACAGUUUUGAUUGGACAAGAAAUUCGGGACCCACCCCAUCAGACCAAACUGGCCCAAACCAAGACCACACCACUGGAGCUGGUUUCUACAUGUUUAUUGAGGCAAACAGUGUAACUUAUGGAGAUCCAGCCCGUAUGUUGAGCUCAACCUGCCAUUAUAAUGGCCCACUCUGCCUGCAGUUCUGGUACCAUAUGUAUGGUUCAGCCACAGCCAUGGCCCUCAAUAUCUUCCUGCUCAAAGACAAUAAAGCGAUCAAGCUCUGGUCCAUGAUGAACAACCAGGGACCAGAAUGGCAUCAAGGAUUGGUUGACAUCAGAGUGUCAGGUCCAUUCCAAAUCAUAGUGGAGGGAAUUCGAGGCUCUAAUGCUCAAUCAGAUGUGGCCAUAGAUGACAUUUCCAUUCACUUUGGCUCAUGCUCAGGUCGCUUACCUGGCCUGAUUAGUAGAACUGAGCUUCCUUCUACAACUGCGGAAGUCUUCCCCUCACACCCAGUCUGCAAUAUUGACUGUAGCUUCGACAGCAACCUUUGCAGCUGGAAUCAGAUGAUCACAGAUGCUUUUGACUGGACAUGGCAAAGUGGUUCCACCCCCACCUUUAUGACUGGGCCCUCUGCUGACCACACUGGUGAUGGCCACUAUCUUUACAUUGAGGCCAGCAGCGUGACAUAUGGAGACACAGCUCGACUCAUCAGCUCUGAGUGUUCUAACUCUGGUCCUCAGUGUCUGCAGUUCUGGUAUCAUAUGUACGGCUCAGCAGAUACAAUGGGCCUCCAUGUCUACUUGCUCCAAAACAAAGUAGCUGACGCAGUUUGGUGGAAGAGGAAUGAUCAAGGAAACAUGUGGCAACUGGCUCAGGUGGACUUGACAACAACUGGAGCUUUCCAGAUAAUCAUUGAGGGUCGUAGAGGGUCGAACGAAGAGUCCGAUGUGGCCAUAGAUGAUGUAAAGCUUUAUCGUGGCCCAUGCUCUGAUCUGAGUCGUGUUGUGACAAGUCCUCCUAAACCUGAUGGAAACACCACUGCUCCUCCAAGUGUCCCUGUGCCAACUACUGCGGCUCCAGAGCCUCCUCCAGUCACUGUUACUGCUCAGCUCCCUUUUACUGCUCAGCCUCCCAUACUAAAUAUCACCAUACCUCCCGCAGUGAAAGCAACAACUGACUUAAUUAAUAAUGUUACUGAAGCUCCAGACAACAGACUACCACCACACCCAGUGUGCCAGAUCCACUGUGAUUUUGAACAGGAUCUAUGUCAGUGGAGUCAACUUCCUACUGAUGUUUUUGACUGGACAAGGCAUAGUGGCUCCACUCCUACUAAGAUGACUGGGCCUUCUUCAGAUCACACCACAGGAUAUGGCCACUAUCUUUACAUCGAAGCCAGCAGCGUGACAUAUGGAGACACAGCUCGACUCAUCAGCUCUGAGUGUUCUAACUCUGGUCCUCAGUGUCUGCAGUUCUGGUAUCAUAUGUAUGGCUCAGCCGAUACAAUGGGCCUCCAUGUCUACUUGCUCCAAAACAAAGUAGCUGACGCAGUUUGGUGGAAGAGGAAUGAUCAAGGAAAUAUGUGGCACCUGGCUCAGGUGGACUUGACAACAACUGGAGCUUUCCAGAUCAUUUUUGAGGGGCGAAGAGGUUCCAAUAAUCAGUCUGAUGUGGCCAUAGAUGAUGUAUCUCUUCAUCAUGGGCACUGCAGAGUUGCAACAGGUCCAGAGAUUCCUCCAGUGAAUAGCUCAACCGCUGCACAACAACAAACACCACCAGCAACGACUGUCACAACAACAGCAGCCACAACUGAUUGUGAUAUCCAAACCCCUACAAGGCAAGUAACAACUGUAACCCCCAAAACUAUAAAUCCUGAUGUCCGAACAACAGGACCACUGCUUCCAAUAACAUCAAGAUCAAUGACAGCCACAACUCGAUCCCAAACUACAACUAGAACUCACCCACCAACAACAGAGCACCCAGGACUUAAAACUUCAGAGCAACCUAUAAUUACAGAAACAACCCGAACAACAGCAAGACCAGCACAACCAGCUACAUCAACAAAUGAACAAAAAAUCACAGCUACAAUGACAGACAGACCACAACAUCCAACCAAAGCUGGAUCAAAACCUCCAACUGAAACUCAGCCACAAACAACAACUAGCCCACCAACCAUGGCUCAGCCACAGACACCAACCACAACAAGACCACAACCUUCAACUGAACCACAGCCGCCGACGACAGUUAGACGACAAGCACCAACCCCACCUGUACCAACACCCUCUUGCCCAAAGAACAGUCACUACACCACUUGUAUGCCUGCCUGCAGUCCAACCUGUACAUACUUGAACGGUCCACCAAACUGCAGGGACAAUAUGGGUUGUGUGAAGGGAUGUGUAUGUGAUGAAGGCUUUGUGCAGAAAUUGAUGGUUUGUGUGCCGAUACAACACUGUGGAUGUGUGGAUGGGAGUGGCACCAAACAUCAGUUCAAUAAAGUGUGGUACACCAAUCACUGCAGUGAGAAAUGUAAAUGUAAGAAAAACAAGGGCGUGGGGAAGAUUGACUGCGAUGACAAAUAUGAGUGCAAACGAAAUGCUGUCUGCCUUCAAAACAAGGAGGGCCAUUAUUACUGCCAGUCUACAGGUUUCAGUAAGUGCACUAUCAAGGGAGACCCUGAAUACAGAACCUUUGAUAAAAUGACGUAUGGCUUUGAGGGUGAGCACUCGUAUGUGCUGGUCAGGACCAACAACUUGCCAAGUAACCUUCCAGAUGUCUACAUCGAGGGCAUCAAUACACACACCACACAUGAUGACGAUGAUAGUCCGCAUCAUGAUGACAGUAGUGGUGAAGUAGAACACAGAGGCAGAGAGGAAGAUGAAGAUGACGAUGAAGAUGACGAUAAUGUUGAUGGUGAUGAUGAUGAUGAUGAUGGUGAUGAUGAUGAAGAUGAUGAUGAUGACAAACGUGAUGCCCAUAGUGAAGUUCAUAAGGAACACCACAGAUUACAAGAGCUUAAGAUCAGAGUGUACAAUCACACUGUGGAGUUCAAGGAGAAUCGGACACUGGUUGUGGACGGAACGAUAACUGAUACUCCCGUCUCACCCACUGCUGGUCUAAAAAUCUGGGAGCAGUCCUCUCGCAUCUACCUGAAGACUGAUUUUGGCCUCUCAGUGGUGUUCAGUGGACACACAACAGAGAUCAUUCUACCAAACAUAUAUAAAAGGACGGUGGGGGGUCUGUGUGGGAACUUUGACGGUUUGAAGUGGAAUGACUGGGUGAAGACAGAUGGUACCACAGCAAAGAGCGUUCAAGAGUUUGGAGACAGCUGGAGAGUGUGAAUCAGAUCAGAUGGAUACAAGACAGGUUCUCCCAAACCUGCGCCGCCAAACAUGACUUGGCAUCAACAUGACCAGUGACAAUGAUGGCCAGUUUUCUUCACAGUCACUCCAGCUUUUCAGGACCAUACAUACGGGACAUUGAAAACUUCUUGCUGUUAUUUGAAAUGUAUAUCGUAGUAAAAAGACUUCCCUACUGCACCUAUAUUAUUCUGCCAAUUUGCCUUGAUUCAAAAACUGGAUGUCUACCUUUCAGAUGUAUUUUUUUAAAGUUACUUGCUUUUUCAUGAAAAACUGUGUAUCAGACUUUACUGCAUGCAUCCUUUCCAUGCAUACUAUUUAGACAAAAGUGCUAUUCUUACAUCUACUGCAUGCCUAUAUUACAAAGUAAUGGCCAUGUUAUUGUGAAACAAAACAUACAAUGUGUUUAAAUGAUAAUAAUAUAUGCAUGCAAUAAUGCAUGACCACAAAUUCAUUAUUUAUCACCAUGUGCAAUAAACGUUGCUUGCACAUGGUCACAAUGUGUAUUUGAAUGUCAGUGCUAUUGAAAUUUCACUCUUCUAAUAAACAUGCACCGUGGUUAAA